AUGGUCGGAGUGCCUGGUCGAAGCAAGGGGUGCCAUACGUGUUUGAAGAGGAGAAUCAAGUGUGGUGAGUUUUCCUGCAGGUCCCGAGCCCUCGAGCGCCAUUCGCUGACGCCACCGCCUUUUCUCCCAGACGAGUCCAGACCAACAUGCAAGCGUUGUUCGAAGGCCGGAUACAUCUGUGCGGGAUACGACCGUAAACUGGAGAUGCGAUUCCACACCUUUGAGGAAUCCGCCGCUCCAUUGUCGUCCAAGACGACAAGGAAUCCACCACUUACAACAGUCCCGAAGAAUCUGGUCCUCUCCUCAAACCAAGAACUGGCACCACUGCCUCAAGAACUGAGUUUAGUGGCUUUCCGAGACAACAUCCAGUUCUCUUACCUCUUCGACAACUUCGUAUGGAGCAGCUAUGGGUCUCCAUGGCUUCAGAUGGCCGCCGCUGGUCGCCUGGACUCGCUAUCACUUGAGGCUUGCCGGGCGUUUUCUCUCAGCAUCUUUGGCAAACACCAUCAUCAACCGGACAUUGAAGUAAGCGGAGCUAUGCAUUACGACAAGACUGUGCGAGCCUUAUCAUCCCGCCUCUUCCGCGUGGGAUCACCUGGUAGCGAGGGGCUGAUCAUUCCUAUCACCAUUCUUCUUAUGCAUUCGUCGACCACUCCUGACCCUCAGGCUUGCGCCUUUCACAUCCAAGGUCUACUGAAGCUUGUUCAGCUAUGCGGACCAGCACGCUUUGCCCUUGAUCCAUUGAGGUCUGCAUUUGAAUCCUGUCGAGCAACUCUAAUUACCAUCGGCCUCAUCACAAAAAGCCGCAGUUUUCUCGAACAAUCCGACUGGAUCGACCAACCCUGGUCAACAUGCGGCCAAGAGAACAAGAGCAAUCAAAACAAACUCGUCGACAUUCUUGCCUUCGUCCCUGGCUUUCUCGAGGACCAAGCCCGCCUUGAGCAGUGGCCUGCGGAUGACUUCCGCCUGGAUCUGAUACAGCGAAUCGAGUAUCAAUUGGCAAAACUGUACAACUGGCGCUGGCACUGGGAAGAGAUCAACCCCCACGCCUGCUGGGAAGUCGACCCUGAGGUCAUCCCGUCGCAUCAAUUCCUCAAAAACCCGCGACCAAUUCGCAAAACCCUCAUCUUCUCGACAUUCUCUCGAGCCAUCGACAUUGCUUUGUACAACGCAGUGUUGCUGUGCUUGUUGGGCUUGCUGUGGAGUCUGAGCCCCUCCACUGACGACGGCGACGACGACGACGAAGCCCUGUCUCCUCCAAUCGAGCCAUCCCAAACACCUCUGAAUCUGCCGGGCAAUGUCGACUCGUUGACGGAGCCGGCGGUCGAGAUCUGUCGGGCAUUCGAGUUCCAGCUUCUCAACGUCAAGAACAGUAGAGACUCUGCACUCUUCUGGCUUCUCCCCGUAGGAUUGGCCAGUAGGGUAUUAGAGGACAAGCCGGAGUACGUUGCGUGGAUCAAGAACAUGUUGGAUUCGUCGCAGAUUACGAAAGGCUACGGAACCGGUCAAAAUACAACUGGGUUCGGAUUUUACAGGUUUCCCAAGAUCAAGAGGAGGAGAGCACAGGGGCUGGAUUACUCGAUGAUUCAGCCACAAUAUGACAGCGACUCGCUGAAGAGGUAUUCUACGGGGUCGCUGCCACAACCACAAGAGAGCAGCGGUUGGACAUGA